AUGAGAAAGGAUAAUGGCAUUUCUCAGUUUGAAUUCAAAUAUUUAGUUUCCUACUGGUUGAGUCAUUUGAAUAAUAUGCCGACAGGGAAUGAAUUGAAACUUCUCUAUCACUUUAAAAGAAAUAAAGUGUUAAAAUUCUUAUUUCGAAAAGGUAAAGCAUUAAAACGUAUUGACAUCAUAAAUAAUUUCAUCAAGGUCUGA